AUGGCGGCCGCCUCGAGAGGCCUUCUCGCGCGCCUCCGCCACCUCUCCCUCGCCGGGCCCCGCCUCCCCCCUUGCCGCCUCUUCUCCGCGGAGCCUCUCGUCUCCCAUCCCGACGACGACGAUGCCAGCGCCGGCGGCGAGGGCGGAGGCCGGAUCAUAGAGGCGCGUCCUGGUGUUAUGGGCCCGGACUCCCGGCGGACCGGCGUGAUCGGCGUGAAGUGCGGCAUGUCGGCGAUGUGGGACAAGUGGGGGGCCAAAGUUCCCAUCACCGUCCUCUGGGUGGACGACAAUGUCGUCUGCCAGGUCAAGACCGCCGAGAAGGAGGGGUUCUACGCGCUGCAGCUCGGAGCAGGCCAAAAGAAGGAAAAGCAUCUAACAAAGCCUGAAGUGGGCCACUUUAGAUCACAAGGAGUCCUUCUUAAGAGAAAAUUAAAGGAGUUUCCUGUUACUGAGGAUGCACUUCUUCCUGUUGGGACAACCAUCUCGGUUCGUCAUUUUGUACCCGGGCAAUUUGUGGAUGUCAUUGGAAUCACAAAGGGAAAAGGUUUUGCGGGUGGCAUGAAAAGACAUGGUUUUAGUGGGAUGCCUGCAUCACAUGGUGCUUCUUUAUCACAUCGCAGCAUCGGUUCUACAGGUCAAAGGGAUGCUCCUGGCAGGGUUUUCAAAAACAGGAAAAUGCCUGGGCGCAUGGGUGGUGUUCAACGCACAGUGAAAAAUGUAUGGGUUUACCAAAUUGACCCUGCCAGGAACUUACUGUAUCUGAAAGGCCAGGUUCCUGGUCCUCAAGGCAGCUUUCUUUUCGUCAAGGACUCUAUUUACAAGAAACCUGACAGAGCUUUGCUGCCGUUCCCUACGUAUUUCUCACAAGAAGGCGAGUUGGAAGACAUGGAGCCGCUCAUUGCCGAUCUUGGUGAUGUCGACCCGUUCAUGGCAGCAGAUUAAGACUAUGACAAAUUUCGAAGAAUCCCUUUUGCUUUCAGUGCAUUGUUGACAAUCCCAAGUGAUUGUCUGUUAAAUUUUGCAUUGGAUAUAUGAGUAGCUCCUGGGUUACAAGAGUCAUCCCGUUACUGACCUGCCAAAUCAAUGUUGUUCCAUGUACAUUACCUGGCAGAUAUGCCAGGGCCCUGACUCAGUUAGGGUUUUGAGCUGAUUGUUUGGUCGACCGAGUGGAACUUAUUUUGUUUAAUAAGUUGUGUAAGCUAUGAUUCAGAUAGAUAUAUAAAAUCGAAAAUCUCCAUGCCGAGGUUACUAUUCUAGUUCCC